GAAGAGUUCCUGUCGGGACCAUUUAUGGCUCACUGGGGGAAAUAUAUUGAGGAAUGCACAGCAGAGAGCAGGCUGGACUGAGAGAAACCGCAGGAGGAGCGAAAGAACUGAUCUGGGAAAAGCAAAAAGUUGGAGGCUGAGAGGAGUAGGUGGAGCCCGGCAUCAGCAGCUCCAGCAAUUCACCGUUUUUUCUUCCAACAGGUGACUCCCCCUGACGUUCGGAUGCAUUUAGCACUGGACACCAUGAGCAUGGUGGACGACAGCUGCCUCUCGCCCAGCAACUUCCACGAAAUGGGAAAAGGCGGGGGCGCCGCAGUCGGGGGCCGCGUCCACAGCAUUGAUGUCAUCCUGGGCUUCAAUAAAGACCAGGACGCCUUGCUAAGUCCUGCCGGACCCAUGGGACCCCAGAAGAUGGGCAUAGAGGGCCUGGGAGAUCAUGUGAGGCAGCAGGAGUCUUUGCCCCAUCCGUCCUACAGCGGACACCUGAGAAACAGCAGCUCACAGCAGCAGCAGUACCAGGAUGCUGGUUUGUACACAAACAAGAGUGACGAAGAGCUGGGUGAGCUCAGGAAAAAUGUGGAGAGCGACGAAGGCAAGUCACCUGAGUCAUGCAAGGACGAUCAACCCAAGAAGAAGCACAGACGCAACCGCACCACCUUCACCACCUACCAGCUGCACGAGCUGGAGCGCGCCUUCGAGAAGUCCCACUACCCAGACGUUUAUAGCAGGGAGGAGCUGGCCAUGAAGGUGAACCUCCCUGAAGUACGAGUCCAGGUCUGGUUUCAGAACCGCAGAGCUAAAUGGCGUCGGCAGGAAAAAAUGGACGCCAGCACCAUGAGGCUUCAUGACUCCCCCAUGCUGUCCUUCAAUCGCCCGCCUCCGGUUCACACCAGCAUGGGUCAAAUAACCAACUCCCUCCAGUUGGAUCCCUGGCUGACGUCUCCCCUGUCCAGCGCCACACCCGUCCAGUGUAUCCCAGGCUUCAUGGGUCCAGCUCAGGCCCUCCAGCCCAGUUAUCCCAGCCACGGAUUCCUCAACAGCGCCCCCCAUGCGCCUCACCCGCACGCUCACCCCCAUCCUCCGUCGGGGCAGGGGAUGCAGAACAUGGCUCCCCCACCUUACCAGUGUCCAGCCCCGUACUCCGAUAAAUUCCCCCUGGAAGACGUGGACCAGCGCUGCUCGAGCAUCGCCGCUCUGAGAAUGAAAGCCAAGGAACACAUCCAGUCCAUGGACAAGACCUGGCAACCCAUGUGACUAACUGACAGUCCAUGUGAGGGACAAUCCUGGCACAAAGCAGACAAUGAAAACUCCUGUCAUGCCUGCACUGCCACAAAAUUGAAGUGAGACUGAGCUGUGAAAACUGAAGAACAUUUUUGGUACUUUCUUUUCUUUUUAACUUUUUUCUCAUCUCCAAGACUUAAAAGUGAAACCAUGGUGAGGUUACAUUAUUGAUUACCUCUUCUACCUGUUGAUGUUUGGUGCCUUGGGUGCAACAAAUGCAGAAAAACCAACUAUGGUCAUCAUAGCUUGCACCCAAGAAACUACUGUAAUUCACUUUUUUUAAUUAAACAUACUUUUUAAAAGCUCACAGAGAAAUUAAUUCUCACAUUUUAUGAACAAACUUGGGUGUCUUACGAAAGUAUCCACACCUCUUGAAUUUUUUUAUAUUUUGUCACGUCACAGCCAUAAAUUUCAACAUUUUAUGUUGUGAUUUUAUGUGAUCAGACAAUACAAAGCAUUGAAUAAUGGUGAAGUGGAAAACAAUGUUAAGGGGUUUUGGAGAUUUUUGACACACACACACACAUAAGGAGAAACAUUUGCAUUCAUUACUAGUUUCCACCAAAACUGAUCUUCCUGGUUACUCAUUGUCUUAAUCUUUCUGGGGUCCAAAUGAUAAAAUAAAAAAAUAUGCAUACAAAACAUAGAACAAUUAUAGCAAUAACAUAAUACGCACAAAAUUAGUCAGACAUCUCACUUUACAAGCUACAUACAUUCACCUAGAUUUAAAAAUGAGAUUUAAGUUCUCUUUAAAAAACAUAAAGUAUUCAAAUAUCUGAUGUUUUUAGGCAAUUUGUCCCAUUCCUGAAUUUAUAAUUAAUUCACCCUCCUUAUAUCAGAACUAGUGCAGCUCCUAGUGUUUUGAAGUCAAUUUUUACUGGUUUUGCACGUCUGCAGACUGAAAGUUUUGCCCAUUCUUUUUUACAUAAAAGCUCAAGCUCAGUCAGAAAGGCUGUCAAGUCUUGCUGCAGAUUUUGAAUGGGAUUUAGGUAUGGGCUUUGACUGUGCCAUUUUAACACUUGGAUAGUGUUUAGUAGUGUUUUAUCUGAACCAUUCCCUUGUAUCUCUGGUCCAAAUGUUUAGAGUUGUCCUGUUAGAAGAUGAACCUCCAUCCUCCUGGUCUUUUGCAGCCCUAAUAAGUUUCCUUUAUGGAUCCGACUGUAUUUAGCGCCAUCCAUUUUCCUACCAACUCUCAUUAGCCCCUCAGUAUGAUGAUGCCAUCACGUUUCACCAUACGACUUUAUGUUCAGGAUAAUGUGCAAUGUUAGCUUUUAGCUCACAUAAUAUUUUGCAUCUUGGCCAAAGACUUCAGUUUUGGUCUAAACAGAACAUCUUCUUAAACACGUUUGCUCUGCUCAUUACACUACUUGUGGCAAACUGCAGACAAACUUCUAAUUACUUUCUUUCAACAAUGGAUUUCAUCUUGCAACUCUUCCAUAAAGGCUAGACUUUUGGAUUGAACAACUAAAAGUUGUCCUGUCAACAGAUUCUCUAACAAUGCAGAUCCUUCAGAGUUACCAUGAACCCCAACUUUCCCUCAUGAUCUGCCUGGUAUGUUUCUUUGUUUUCAAACCUGUGACUUUUCACAGUAGAAAUGUGUUUAUAUCAAGACUGAACUGCACACAACAAAACAACCUAUUUUUGUAUUUGUACUGGAUUAUAUCUGAGUCCCAACGUAUAUUAGUAGAAAAAAAUCUAUGCGACACUUCUCUUGUUUCAUUGUACGAAUUUUAAAAAGUAGUAUAAUUUUCCUUCCACUUCAUAAUUACACUCUGCUUUGUGUUUUCUUUCACAUAAAACCCCAGUAAAAUACACUGAAAUUUGCGAUUCCGCUGGCAAAUCUGGGAUGAACAAUUUUGUAAGGCUUAGCAUUUGGUUGGUGUUUCUGGUUAGAGAUCAUACCUCAGAUACUUUAAAGUAAUUGGAGAAAGAGGUCAACAGAGGACAUUUGUAGCUCUGUAAACCUGGAGAUUUUCUUCAAUGUGAGGUUGAAAACUGGAGAUAAGAUUAAUUCAGUCCUGAAGAAAGAAGUCCUGCUACCUUUUUGACCCAGAAUUAAUAUUGUACCAAAACGUAUCCUGAUUAUUUUUCUGACAUUCUGCUUUAAACAUGAAAUAGAGGGUUGAACCAGAUACAAAAAACAGCAAAAUUGCUCCUUUUUUUGUUGUUUUUCUUGCUUGAGUGGCAGUUAGAGGAGAAAACCUGUUGGCAACUCAGUGCUGGUUGGCUGAGUGUACGUGCAGCGCAGCAGAAAGAGUCCUGUGUGAUGCGUCACCCCGCAUAGUUUGGUCUUUGUUUGGCACAAUUGAUCCAAGUGUAUCCUCUUUGUCUGAAACUGAAGGGGGAGAAACGGUCUCAGGCUGGACUAAAUAGGCCCAUUUUGUUAUGGAAGUUUAUUUUUUCCCCCUGUUGAUCAAACGACAAGGAACAUAGAUGGUAAGCUGCAGUCAUUAGGAACACAGAAUCAGUCUUUUACCAUCUGUUGCAGCACUGAGCUCUAAUUAUCUUCAAGGCAGAGACGGUCAGUUGUAAAAAUCAAUAUGAAAUAGUAAAAAUCAGCUUUGUUUAAGAAAUGUUUCUGCAUCCCAAAACUUGAACAUGUACAGGUAGAACAACAAUGUUUCAACUUGAUAAUGGAAAAAGAGGGAGAUCAAAACCAUUAUUUUUGCAGUGCAUUCUCAAAUCCCCCUUAAUUGUUCUGUCAUUGCAUUCUGUCUUGUAAUGUUUUAUUUUAAUAUAACUGCAAACAGCAAAAAACUCAAAUCUGGAGGUAUUUUUGGUUCAAUUUACUUCUCAGCCUGCUCAAACUGGGAAAAUAGUUUUGAAUCCGCUGCUCGCUUUUAGUUCUCAUGUAAUUUUGUUUUUGGUGUUAUUUGAUUAGUGAUGUUUUUACAGAAACUGAGGACUACCUUUGCACAUCAAAAUGUUUCCAUAGGAUGCAACAAAAACAUGACUUUUGGACCAAGAACAAGCCAAAGUGUAGAUAGUGCUAAAAAAAUUGCACUAGAGUUGUUUUUAGUUUUGUUUUUGUGGGGAUUUUUUCUAUGUGAAGAUGUGAAUGGUGUUGUCUUAGUUAUAGUUAUAUUAUUUUAAUCCCUGUUAAUUAUG